UGUUUGCACACUGACUGUCAACAGACUUCAACACACUGUUCAGAGAGGAGAAGUGGACAGGACGGCAAUAUUACAGCAGAGGAGAGGAGGACAAAUAGAGAAAAAAAAGCCACAUCUCAUUUCCUGAAAAAUCACUUCACCAUGACCGUUUUGACGGCAAAGAUGAUACUCAUGGUGCCUAUUGUGGUCAUGGCGUUUUUGUCUCCAUGCCUUGGGAUGAGCAAUGAAGUGGAUUAUGGGAACUGGAACUACAGAGAGGGAGCGGAGAAUGUGAACGUGGCUAACAUACGCAGCGUGACUCGAGUGUUGGACGCCUGGGGCAAACGCAUAUUCAAAGAUAUCAAGACUCUCUUACACUCACAACCCAAUGCCCUUCUGCCAGACUACUCCAGGGUUCGUCCUCUCUCGGAGUCCCUAAAUGAUCUCUUCAGAGAAGUCUCCCACUUACAGAGGCGCAUCACAGAUCUUAACAAUCGCCUAGCAACCCUGGAACCCUUCCUCCGUCAUCAUGGUUACCGUGAGGAGGGGGAGGAAGGAGGGGAUGGCAAGGAAACGGCUCCUCUGACUGUGGGACCGAGUCAAGCGAAGUAUCCACGGCGGUACAUGGUUCGAGUGGUCCGUCCUGUAAACAAGGGGGUGAAAACCAGACGCGUGAAAGUGUUCAGGAAUGAAAAUGGAAGGGUUAAAGCGAGCGAGAGUGAGAGGUAGAGGGAUAGAUAAAAAGAUUUGAAAAUAUUAUAAUCGAAUGUAUUAAUGUUAUUCAGGAAAUGUCCUUUAUAUUGGGGAUAAGAAAUGUUAGUAUACUAUAAAAGUGUGCAUUCAUUUUCUUUUGUCUGUACUCCUUCACGUUUGGGUCUCAAAGGUGCGAUUAAAGUUCCCUGGCAGAAAAGCAAAUGCUGGGAAUGUUGAUUGUGGAAAACCUUCCCAGCAGGAUAAUACCAAAUGAAAAAAAGUUACUUGAGAGUAAAAACAGAUUACUCCAGCUCUUUCCAAAACAAGGCUAAACAACAAUAAAGCCAUAUACAAUCAGUUUUUAUUUUCUGUGGAGAAUCUUCAGUUGAAUCAUAUCCAAAGACGUGUGUGACAGGAAUAAAAUCAGGUGAAUAAAUUUUAAUACUUUAAAAUAUAAUUCUGUCUUUGCUUCUUUUUAUGAUUAAUUAUUCAUUUUUUUAAUUGUCCUCAAGUAUUGAACUGAAUGUAGGGGUUGGCUGACACAAUAUACACAAUAUUAAUUCUUGAAUGUUGAAUAUCUCUGAUGGAACAUAUUACAAUUACAAAUUAAAUCCUUAGUUCUGUGUAAACAAAACCAGACACUUAAUUUUCUUAUUUAUGUUCAAUUAUGUUAUGUAUUUUUGUGUUUGGUUGGCACAGUUCUUAAUAGGAAAGAAAUAUCCAGUAAAAUAUAAAAUGUCUGUUUUACGGCUAAAGAAAAAAAAAAAUCUGUAAAAUUUCCUAUUAAAAACUGGCAGCUGUGGUUCUUUUUCACUUUCAAAAGCUGUAUUUUACCGCAAAAUUACAUGAAAUGUCUAUUGCAAUUUUUCACUGUAUAUAGUAAGGAAACUUACUGUUUACCAAUGAAUACGUUUCCACUGUAGUAUUUUAACAGUCUUUUAUCAUUAAAAUUACAAUCUUUUUACAGUAUACUUUGAUUAGUAUGGUUCAAGGGGAUUAAGGAGAUUUUCUUUUUACUUUUUCUGGUGGCAGAAUCUGCAAAAUGUUAAUUAUUGUACCAAAAUAAGAGGGACCAUGCAAAAUGCAUAUUUUCUAUUUAGUGCUGACCUGAAUACGAUAUUUCAAAUAAAAGACGUUUCCAUAUAGACCACAAGUGAAAAUAAUAG